AUGGCAUCCUAUUGCUCCUGCAAGACCCUUACAGCUUCGACGACGUGCUCUUCUUCAGCAUCAUCAAGAGUCGCCUCUCAGACAUGUCGCGGUGUUGGAACGCAUGAAGCUGAAGUGGACGUGAAGCUUGAUACACAGGUCAUCCCCAAGAGAGAUAGUUUCAAAUAUCUUGGGUCUAUAAUACAGAGUAACUGGGAGAUUGACGAGAAUGUCACACAUCGUAUAGGUACGGGGUGGUUGAAAUGGAGGCUCGCUUCUGGUGUUUUGUAUGACAAGAAUGUGCCACCUACACUUAAGGGCAAGUUCUACAAAGCAGUAGUUAGACCGACCAUAUUGUAUGGGGUCGAGUGUUGUCCAGUCAAGAAAUCUCAUGCUCAGAAGAUGAAAGUAACAGAAAUGAGGAUGUUGAGAUUGAUGUGUGAGCAUACCAGAAAAGACAAGACUAGGAAUGAAUAUAUUAGGGACAAAGUGGGUGUGGCUCAUGUAGAAGAUAAGUUACGGGAAUCGAGGCUGAGAUGA